AGUCCAUUCCUCAUCCUCACUCAACAACAUUAAUUCACCAUCGUUUCUUUACUACAUUCGCUUUCCCAUUCUUCAGAAAACACAGUCGCUUCUCCAGAUCAGCUCAGUCUUUCGACCAAGUCCAUCUUCAGAAUCACCAGUACUUAAUACACCAAACCUUAUCAAGCACAAACACUCCAACCCCCUUCGAGAUGCGUUCGGUCUCCUUGGCUCUCGCCGCUCUGGUCGGCGCUGUUGCUGCCAACCCAAUCGUUGAGUGGCCUCGCAACGGCGGCUAUGGCCAGCCAUACCCAACCGGCGAGUCGUCCUGGUCCUCCUCCGCCUCGACUUCCGCAUACACUCCAUCUUCAACUCCAUCCUCAUCUCCAUCUUCGUCUCCAUCUGCCUCCUCUACUCCAUCCUCAUCAAUCCACUCGUCGUCCUCGAUCAUUUCCAGCUCGUCAUGGGGAGGAUACAACCAUCCUUCAUCAUCACUGGCCACGGGCGUCUCCAGCUCCUCGGUAGGAGGAUACAACCAUCCUUCAUCAUCACUGGCCACGGGCGUCUCCAGCUCCUCGGUAGGAGGAUACAGCCAUCCGUCUGCACCACUGUCCACGGGCGUCUCCAGCUCCUCGGCAGGAGGAUACAGCUAUCCGUCUCCACCCCUGUCCACUGGCGUCAGCACCGAGGUCCUCACCACUUACGUGACAACGACCGUCUGCCCAGUAACACAGACCUCUGGCACGAAGGUGAUCAUCACAGAGACGACCUCGACUAUCACUGUCACUUCUUGCAAAGAGGGAUGCCAUCACUCCGCGACCGCGACUCCUUCCAGUGUCCCAUACCCCACCGGCGCGAGCUCGUCCAAGCCGCACUACCCUACCGGCGGCGUAAGCUCUUCUGUGCCGCACUACCCUACCGGUGGACACUCCAAGCCGCCGCACCCAACUGCACCAAUCUCCACUGGUGCUACUACCGAGACUGAGACUCUGACUACCUACACGACUACAACGGUCUGCCCGAUCACAAAGACUGUAGGGACUCAAGUCAUCACAACAGUGACGACUUCGACCAUCACGAUCACCUCCUGCAAGGGCGGCUGCCACCACUCGGCAACUCCCACUCCUAGCUCCUGGGCUUCUGUCGUCACGCCGCCAUCGCACUCAGGCCACCCCGUCACAGUUCCCACGAUUAUCACGACCGUCUACACCAGCUUCGUGCCCUGCUCCACGUCUGUCGGCAACAACGGACACUCUGAGGUCUACUCCACCUACCUGACUCCCACCUACAUCACCCAGACCUACAGCACUGAGACCGUUGUCUGGCCAACCGAGACACCUGCUACUCUGCCUCCGGGUGUUCCAGUCGAGUCGUCCACCUAUGCCCCGGUGCCUCCUCCAGCUUCGGUGACGCCAACUCUUCCCCCGGUUGUUCCUGUCGAGUCCUCCACCUAUGCCCCUGUGCCUCCUCCAGCUUCGGUGACACCAGCCAACACCCCCCCAGCAGUCACGCCAGCUACUCUUCCCCCGGCCGUGACCUACCCAGCCACUUGCCCGGCGCCAACAGUCACCGUCACUAGCUGCCCCGCAGGCCAGGCCACAGAGACCAUCACCGUUGCCCAGUCCACAGAGACCGUCACCGUCACCAUCGGUGGUUCCCAGCCUUGCCUUGAGUGCAUCACCAAGACCUACACCAUCACUGAAUCUGGUGGCUCUACCACCUGCAUCACCGUGACCAACCAGCCGACACCAAGCACCUACGUCUCAGUCGGUGCGACCCCUAGUUCCAAGCCCUCCAAGCCAACCCAGAGCUCUUGGGUCAAGCCCCCGACCGGUCCCAGCGGCUACUCCACGGGCUCGAUCCCGUCCUCCUCCAGCGCCGCAUACGGCGUUAGGAACAUAGUAUUAACAGGCGGGAUCUAAUAAGGGCCCAUCUACGAAUUUCCUAAUCUACUAGCGAUCUUCAUGGGAUAUGUGGUCCAUUCAUUCCUUAAUAUCUAGUCGGUAUCAUAUGCAUAUAGC